UGAGACUCUAUACAACAUUGUUUCCCAUGUCAAAGAAAGCAUUCACAGGUUGCAGACAUCUGUGGAAAAGUCUGAGGAACAUCUCAGUUCAAGAAGCCAAUCUAUUUUGGAUUCUUUGGAGACUGUGGCCAAGACAAUGCAAAAAACUGCAAGAGUCCAGAGUGAUCUGUUGUUUGAGGCAAUGCAGGACAAAGGCAAUAGGGAGCAGGCCAUCCUUGAGAUACAAAAGAGAUUUGAAACUAAACAAGCAGAGUUUAUGGAAAUGAAGUCCAGCCUGAAGCACCUUGAAAAUUUAGUUGCCCAGCAGAGUAAGGACUUUCAGCAGCUUUGUGAGCAACUAGGACAACUGAAUGUUCCUGGUGUCCUAGAAGAGAUAAAGAGAUUGAUCUUGGUGCCUCAGGUACCUAAGCAUGUGAAAGACAGCACUUCUCAGACUUCACCAUCUCUGACCCAGAGCCUCAAUUUCACCAGACAAGAAAAGUACACCUCUGAAGAGUCAGGUACUUGGCAGGCCCAGGCACCCUCUGAUGCAAGGAAUUCUAAUACAGGCUUUCUGAAACCUGGAGAGUUUGCUGUCUGGGAUGAGGGAGCAAAGAGUGAUGGUCUCCAAGAAGAGACUGUGCUGCCAGCAGUUGGGCCCCCUAAAGGAGAUGGGUAUGUAAAAAAGGCUAUCACUAAAAUAAGUCCCAAGAACCAUGGCUCUAGCAUUCCAGGAUACAAGGUUUGUGGUGACAGGGACUUGUUUUCCCAAAAUGCCUCACAGCUCAUAUCCCAGGACUUAAACAAUUUUGCAACCACCAUUAGGAAUGUCUGCCCAAAAUAUCAAGCCCAAUGCAUGUUUUCUUAUGACCCAUGUGAACAGUUGGUGACUGAACAGAAAGGUAGGACUGUAGGAAGAGGGAGGAAAGGCAAGAAGCCACAGCCAAAGAAAGCCCCCAGAGGCAGGCUCCUGGAUAGGAAGCAAGAACAAACCCCAAGCAAGACCUAUACUUUCAUUUCUAAAUAUCAGAGUCCCCAGGCUCCAAUGGGACAGCAGGAAUCUCUUGCUAAGCCCCUGCAUCUGUGGAGUCCCAGAACAAGAAGAUCCACAAAGCCAGUUUGCCAUGUUCUAGGAGGAACAGCCAGUAAGACAGCAAGAGCAGCUGAAGGGAGCCUUUUGCAGUUCACCAGGUACUCUUUCCAAGACAACAAGCUGCUAUCCAGCAGUUCCCAGGGGGACCACCAGAUGAGCUGGUUCAGUGACCUCAACCUUGAAGAUUCAGAGCCUCUUCUGUGUAAGCAGGAAGGGAAGACUUUGUUCUAUGACCUGGGUUUUGAUAGUAGUGAUGAUGACUUCUGA